AUGCUCUCCUUGAAGCAAUUGCAGUCUGCCCUCUUGGGCGCUUGCCUCUUCUACUCGACCGGUGUGCUUUCACACGGCACAGCAAUCGAGACGAGGUCUCUGGAUGAAAUUUAUGAAGCUGCAAAGAAUGAAAGCGGCACUUUGAAUGUCUACUUUGGCGGUAGCUGUAAGAGCUUAUUCCAAUCGGCUGCGCCAAUGCUCAAUGCAUUUCGUCAACGGUUCCCCGAUGUUCCCAUCAACAUCACGGCCGACUUGUCCAAAUAUGCCGAUUCACGCAUCGAUCGAAGCUACAUCGAGGGCAAGCCGUUCAUUGACGUUGCGCUCUUGCAGACGGUGCACGACUUCCCUCGCUGGGACAAGCAGCAGCGUCUUUUGCAUUACAAGCCAGCCAACUUCAGCGACAUCAACCUGGCCAUCAAACAUAUUGACGGGGCCUAUGUUCCUGUCAACUACAACCAAUUUGGCCCUUUCUACUACGAUUCAACCAUCGUAAAGCCGAACCAAGUGCCAAAGACGUAUGCCGACGUCCUGGAUCCCUUUUGGAAAGGCAAGCUCGUCCUCACUUAUCCCAACGACGACGACGGCGUCCUGUACCUCUUCUCCCUCAUCAUUGAGCGCUACGGAUUCCAGUGGCUGGACUCCCUUCUCAAACAAGAUGUCAUGUGGGUGCGCGGUGCCUCCAACUCUGCAAACGCAAUCAUCAGCAAUCACUCCGCUGGCAAUGGCUCGAGGGUCUUGACGUUCACUGCCCUGGGAGGAUUCACACCAUCGACGUCGUUUCUGCAGGUCUCACAGCCCCAGGCACCGGAUCAGUUCAUGACCUGGGCUCAGCAGGCGGCCAUCUUUGCCUCGACGCCUCGCCCCGAGAGUUCCAAGCUGUUCAUGUCGUUUCUGUUGAGCAAUGAGUAUCAGUCAACGCUUACGACGUCGGGAGGCCCCUCUGUUCGAACCUCUUUGACUGGCACCAACAACGUGUUCAUGGCGAACAACACUCAGCCGAGCGGGUACAUCACUUUCAUGAGCAGGCGGGAAGACGUCGAAUGGUGGCGAUUCCAGAUGGAAACUUACAUCGGACUUGCGAAGGGACCCGACCCUGCGUUUGCGUGA